GCCAUCGGGCUAAACGCGCGCCUGUUUUCCCGGGAAGUUUUAUGCUACCACUUUCCACACCCGUCAGUUUAACGCACCUCGUGUUGACGAUGGAUACGUAAAUUUCAGCACAACUCGGGAAAAUCGAUUGCCUAAGAGGACGAACUUUGGCUGAAACUAGAUAUCGUCGUUCCUCUACCGGUACCGAGAGGGAUUGAAGUAACCCAGUUGGCAGCGAAUUCGGUGGAAAGGAACUCGGAAGAGUGACGCUUUUCAGUCGAGACGUCAGUUUUGAAGUGCUUGUCUUCCGCCGACGAUAGAGAUAAUUCGGAUUUCGGUGAAAUGUGAUAGUGUCCAAGAAGCAGAAGCAGAAGUGAAGUGAUUUGUUGAUUGUGAUUGUAGGUAAACAUGCUCGUGGAACCUGAAACGUGAGCCGGUAGUGCUGAUCGAAGUUGCGGUAUUUUUGGCUGAAUAGCAGGGAAAAACCUUUGUGUGAAUAGGUGGAAAAUUGGUUCUGCGGAAAAAAUACGGCCAACAAGAAAAACACGAAAAGAAACCAAUGUGGAAAACGAAAUUUUGGUUCGUUCGUUAUUCGUCGAGUGGAUGAAGGUUAAUUUAACAAAUGUGAUUCUGUGACAGUGCUCGCACGAGUGAAAGCAAGUCAGAAAUAGAGUUUGCUGUUGGGUACAUCAGAAAAUUGAAUUUUAUUAUCACUCUAACAUCAAAAGUGAACUGCGCUCGAAUGUGUGUCAACCAAAACAUAUUUAUGCUGGUGGCCAUCGGAACGGCACCGGAAAGAAUGGAAGUCGUGGGUGGAAGUGUGUAGAAGAAUGAAACCUAUUCUGCGGCCGACACAGAAAAUCCCCGGCGUGAGUGAGUGCUUAAUAGGCUUUUACGGGUAUUGUUAUGCAAAUAUUAUGUUUAACAAAUUUCACGAUGCAGUAAAAGUUUAGUGUGAUUGGCCAGCGGCGUAACGAAUUGUUGUGGAUGUGAGGCGAAGAAGAAACCCCGAAACGAAACGACAGUAAAUCACAACCUAUAGGCGAAAGGAUUUAAAUCAAUUCGAUUGUUCCAAGUGGCAGAGCAUGUGAAAGAAGUAUUUGACAUGCUGAAAAACAAAUUGUAAGCGGAAAUUAAAGAUGCAGUUGGAGUGAGCGAAGAAACCUGCAACGGAACGACGGCGGCAAAAUCAGAACGACCAAGACCAAGACGGCCGACGUUCUGUGCCGUUGGAAGUGAAUGAUUGGAUAAUUGGCGUCAGCAAAAUUAAUUGUGGUGUAUUCACGGUCGGGGGCGGUCCCGAGACGACAACGGCAAAGUGUUUUUAAUGUGAUUUACCAUCAAAAGCAGGACAAACUUUGCAGUGUGCGUGUGUGUCUGGUCUGGUCGAUAUCGCAACUCGGUCGAAAAAGAAUCUAAUCGAUGUAAAUGGUGUUGGACAAUAUAGCAUAAAAUUUCCCACAAGGAGGUCGUCCGGUCGGUAUGACGUGGCUGCAGGAAAACACUCGCUAAGGAGCACGAAGCAACCGCCCUCACAAAGCAGCAAAACCUGCUCUGACUGCCCGGAGCGAAACGACCACGCAGUCAAAUUGAAACACUCAAACCCUUGAGCGUCAAAAAAGCGGCAAAAGGGCAGCAAACCGGCAACCAGUCGGCGAAGUAAAUUUCGGUGAAUAAUGAGUACGCAGUCCUGAACUAAAUGAUUUUCCAGUAGAAUUUUCCCUCGGCUGGCACCGUCGUAAUAAAUAAAUUACUUACGGGUUCAACGGAGAAGGCAUUUGACGACCCCAUUUCGCCACAGCCACAGUCCCUUCAGUAAGCGGUAGCAGCGUGCCGUACGAACAAAAAAAACUAACUCCAAGAUCCUCGUGAGAAAGAUAACAAGGUGGAAGUUGGACAGCCUUACGUCUCCACACACACACACAUACCACCCCUCCCCCCGCCUACAUCCAUUUACUGCAGUGUACCCGUCCUUAGCAUAUGAAAAAGGAAAAGGACACCGACUGGACCAGCCCUGCCCGCACGUCGUCAGAUACCGGCGAUAUUGAAUAUUUAAAUUCAGAACCGUGAAAUUGAAAGUGAUUCCGGGCAGGAGCACGUUCGAAGCAGCCAAGGAAAAGUGUCUGAAGAAAUUUAAUAACUGUGCUUUCAUGAUUUUUGCUGUUUGUUGUUUUUUCCUGAUUUUCCGCACAUUUAAUCCUUAGUGACAGCGAGAAUGUGUGUGUUCAAGUUAUGAAAACUCGGAAGCAUGGUCAGAUCAUCUGAAUGAUAUUGGGCGAUGGUUUGGUGAGAUAACAAAGGAUUUUUUAAAAAAAGAUGCUCAUCAGUUAAGCCGCUCCUAAUUGAAUCGGUACCGGUCGGCGACACUCUGAAGCAAUUCUUCCCACCACCUCCGCAAAAAGACCGACCCUGCGCAGCGGUUCAUCGUUGCAACAAAGGAAACACAGGGAAAAGCUGUAAAAAAGAAACGAUAACUUGACAUGACCAUGACAGCGUCGUCGUCGUCACCAUCAUCAUCAUCGCCAUCACCAUCUCGAAAGGUGUCGUCCGCCUUAACAACAGCGUGCCCCUCGCGACGGAACCUGCUGGCCGGUCUCCUGCUGCUGCUAAUCUGCAUACCGGAGCGAAUAAUUGGAUUCUGUCCAUCACUGUGUACCUGCGAGGCCGACCGCAACCUGCGGACGUCGUGCAUCAACGCAUCCCUCGAGGUCGUCCCAAUUCAGCUGAAUCCGGAUGUGCGACACAUCAACCUUAGCUCCAACGCAAUUACCAAUGUGCACUUUACUCUCGGAUUCUACUAUCAGCUGGAGGUGCUGGACAUCUCCCACAACCGAUUGGACACACUCGGGUCGAGAAACUUUGAGGCGCAGGCCAAACUUCGGACGCUGAAUUUGAGCAACAAUCUGCUCGGUAAUCUGUUGAAGGACAGCUUCAAGGGUCUUCAGCUGUUGGAGAUCCUGCUGCUGAACGACAAUCGGAUAGAAAAGAUUCAUCCCACCGCAUUCCAUGGCUUGACCAGCUUGCUGAGCCUCGAUUUGACAAACAAUCAAAUCGUCAGCUUUGAUGAGGAUGUUUUCAGGCCGCUUACAACAUUGGAGCGACUUUCGCUUAAAAAUAAUCAGCUGCUUGAGGUGCCAUACGAUACCAACCUGCAAUUUUUACGGUCGCUACGCCACUUGGAUCUAUCGGUCAAUCUGAUUGAGUUCGUUGCUAAUGACAGCUUCGAGGCACUGCGGGAGCUAAGGUCGCUGCAACUGGAUGGCAACGUGUUGACGGAGUUGGAUCUUGGUGCCUUCAAUGGGCUUAACGCCCUGAAGCACAUUCACAUGGCGGACAACAAUUUGACGCUCAUCCCGACGAUCCAGCUCUCGAAGCUGUACAACCUGACGACGCUCUCGCUGAGCGGGAACUCGUUCAACCAACUUCCGGCGGUAUCCUUUCUGAAUCUGUUUCACCUGCGGGAGCUGCACCUGAACCGUCUGGAUCGGCUGGAACGAAUCGAUGCCAGAGCAUUCGUGGACAACACGUACCUUCAGAUCCUGACACUGGAUGACAAUCCAUCGUUCGGUGAUCUACCGCUGCGACUGUUCCACGGUAAUCCACAUUUGAUCGACAUUUCGAUGCGGCGGAACGCACUGUCAACGCUGGAUGCGGUCCAAUUUCCUCUGGACAGACUGCAACGUCUCAAACUGGCCGGUAACCCGUUGGUUUGCAACUGCUCGAUUCGAUGGCUGUGGCGACUGGUCACCGGGACGGUCGAUGAAGAUGAUAGCGAUGGAAUCGCGAUGGUUGCCAGAAGUGGAGCAAGUCUGGCCAACAUCACCACUGUGCUGAUGAUCGAUAAAGAUGAAAUUGGGUGUGAUUCGAACGAGGAUGGGCUGAUCACGAGAAGGAUUCUCAGAAAUAUGUCCGAGGGGGACAUCAACUGUCCCGCCCAUCUGAUUACGGUAAUCAGUGUGAUAGGUAGUGUAGUAGUAGUGCUCUUGGUUAUGUUUAUCAUAGUAUACUAUAGAAGAAAAACUACGCAGCGAAAGAAAAUUCUGCAGGAAAGAAAGAACGUUCACGAAAGAAUAGUACCCCAGAAAGUAGAUAAACUAGAACUAGAACGAUACUUAGCGCAGCAGGUACUAGCGAAUGAUUAUCGAGAACUAAGACCAUGUGAUGUUUCAAUGCGUUACGACACCAAAUGUUCCACCCAGCCAUUGCACGCUCCAGAUCCGGAGGAAUCCGACCACUAUGAAAACAUUGAUUACCUCCAGCACCAACGAGCUUUGCAUCACCACCACAACCAUCCGUACCAUCAGAAUCAGCAUCCACAUCCUUACCAUCAGGCACAGCCGCAAACUGGCCCGAUUAGUAUGACUCUUCAACAUCCGCCGGACCACUAUCCUCAAAAACAUCAAUCCCCCCCACAAUCAACUGUCAACAACACCCUCCCAGUGCCUCCACAACAACGAAAUUCCUCGACAACAGGAAACGCCUACUCCCCAAAUUUCUUCAUCUACGUGCUGUAUUCCCAUUUCAUCUUCCUGCUGCUGAUAUUAUGAUGAAUUACAGCAACAUCCUCCGCGAGAAAGCUCAAUGCGCUAUGCAAAUUUGUUUGUUAGGUCAAAUCGUUUCGCUCUCGAAAUAGAUGAAGGAAGUGCAAAUGCUCCUGUUAUGUUACUAUAGCCCGCGACUCCCACACAUACACUCACACAAGAUUCUUACAAACUCAUGAGACACCAACAAAGCUGCAUACAAUCACUCAUAGAAAGAGAAGAAAUUAUUUCAUAUUCAUUGCUAGCAGAAAAAACAUAAAAGACAAUUUAUUAAUUAAACAUUUACUGAAAAAAACCGAAAAAAUGCAAACGGUAGCAAUUAAACAAAAGAAGGAAGGAUAUAAUCUAUUUUGUACAGUCAUUUUCAUAUUUGUAAGGCCGCACUUUAAUCAAAUUGUAUAUUAUAAUGCUAUAAUACACAUAACGUUAGCAUUUAAAAUUUUAGUUGUACUUUAAAUAAGCAAUUAUUUUGUUAACUAAUCCCAACUCUGUAUUGCCAUACUAGCCCGUUAGAAAACUACUUUGUUUUAAUUUUAGGUUAAACUAGAUUACAUAGUUUUUAAUGUGAACCAUUAUCCGUACUUAUAAAUUAAACAAGUCAGUUAAUUAUAACAAUUUUGGUUAAAAAUUAUUGGAUUUUGGCACAAAUAUAAUUUAUUAUUUUAUAUGAACUGGGAAAAGAAACGACAUCAAAAAACAUUUAACAACUCACAUUUGAAGUAUAAAAAUUUUAUAAACUACACUCACACCUAAUGCGUAAUGAGAGAAAGACACUUGACGGCAAAUAUUUAAAUAUUUAAACUGAAUGAGGUUAUUAAAACAGCAUACUUAACUCAUCAUGAAUGCUUGAUUGCGCCCUUUUUGACUACAUCUAACAGUUAUACAUUUGCGAUAUUUAGUAGGUAUAUAUAUUAUAUAUUUAUGAAGAUAAUAACUUUUUUCGAAAAUGUGACAAGCAAAUGCAAUAAAACGAAACAAAACAUAAAUAAAAGGAAUUAAUACCAGACACUCAUUCUGUUCGAUGAUAAGUUGUUAUAAGACUGAAAACUAU